GUGUCCUUCGGACACAGCGGGUCACCGAUCCACGGAAAAAGCCGAAGAUGUCGGCUCGGUCAUGUGAUCAGCUGUGUCCAAUCACAACUGAUCACAUGGGACAUCUACACUGAUCAUCAAAGCGCUGAUGAUCAGUGUGCCCUGAUGAUCAGUGUAGCCCCAGCAGUGCCACCUGUCAGUGUCCAUCAGUGCCAGCUGUCAGUGCCCAUCAGUGCCACAUCAAUGUCACAUAUCAGUGCCUACCAGUGCACAUCAAUGUCACAUAUCAGUGCCCAUCUGAGCCUCCUUUCAGUGUCACCCAUUAGUGCCAGUCAGUGCCACCUAUCAAUGCCAAUCAGUGCCACCUAUCAGUGCUGCCAAUCAGUGACACCUAUCAGUGACAUUCAGUGCCGCCUAUGAGUGCCAGUCAGUGCCACCUAUCAGUGCGCAUCAGUGUCGCCUAUCAGUGCCAGUCAGUGCCGCCUAUCAGUGCCAGUCAGUGCCGCCUAACAGUGCCAGUCAGUGCCGCCUAACAGUGCAAGUCAGUGACGCCUAUCAGUGCCAUAUAUCAGUGCCAUAUAUCAGUGCUGCCUUUCAGUGCCCAUCAGUGAUGCCUGUCAAUGCCCAUCGGUGCCACCUACCAGUGCCUCCUCAUCAGUG